CGGGCGGCCCCGGCGCGGCCGUUCCUGCGGGGCCGGGCGGGUUCGGAGCCGCUGGGGCGGGCGGCGCGGAGCGUGGCGCGGGUGGCGAACGCGCUGCGGGCGCUGCGGGCCCCGCCGAGGCCCGGGGACACCGUGGGGCUGCUGGUGGGCAACGAGCCCCGCUUCGUGUGGGGCUGGUUCGGGCUGGCGGCGCUCGGGGCCCGCCCGGCCUUCCUGGGCACGGCGCUGCGCCCCGCGGGGCUCCGGCACUGCCUGCGCGGCUGCGGGGCGCGGGCGCUGCUGGUGGCGGACGAGCUGUUCGGGUCGGUGGAGCCGCUCCUGCCCAGCCUGCGGGAGGACGGCGUGGCCGUGUGGGUGCUGGGAGCGGGGCCGUACCCGCCGGGCGCCGUGGCGCUGCAGGAGCUGCUGGACGCGGCCUCCGAGGAGCUGCAGCCCGAGGACGUUUGGGAACCCCAGGACAUGAACGACACCUGCCUCUACAUCUUCACCUCGGGCACCACCGGUCUCCCCAAAGCCGCCCGCGUGUCCCACCUCAAGUCCAUCAUGUGCCUGAGCUUCUACGAGCUGGUGGGAGCCUCCAGCAGGGACGUGGUGUACCUGGCGCUGCCCCUCUACCACAUGGCCGGGUCCCUGCUGGGCGUCGUCGGCUGCCUCGGCAUCGGAGCCACGUGUGUGCUGAAGGAGAAGUUCUCAGCCAGCCAGUUCUGGGACGAUUGCCGCGCCGAGGGCGUCACCGUCUUCCAGUACAUCGGGGAGCUGUGCCGCUACCUGGUGAACCAGCCGCAGCGGCCCGGGGAGCGGCAGCACGGGCUGAGGCUGGCGGUGGGCAGCGGGCUGAGGCCCGACGUGUGGCGGAGCUUCCAGCGGCGCUUCGGGCCCGUGCGCAUCGUGGAGACCUACGGCAUGAGCGAGGGCAACGUCACCCUCUUCAACUACACCGGCACGCCGGGCGCCGUGGGCCGCUGCAGCUUCAUCUACAAGCUCUUCUCGCCGUUCGAGGUCGUUCGUUUCGACGUGGCGGCCGGAGCGCCGGAGAGGGACGAGGCCGGACGCUGCAUCCGAGCCCGCACGGGAGAGACGGGGCUGCUGAUCGCCCCCGUGACGCGGCGGACGCCGUUCCUGGGCUACGCCGGCAGCCCGGAGCUGUCGGAGCAGAAGCUGCUCCGCGGGGUCUUCGCCGAGGGCGACGAGUUCUUCAACACCGGGGACCUGGUGGAGCAGGACGAGGAGCAGUUCGUGCGCUUCCGGGACCGCAUCGGGGACACCUUCAGGUGGAAAGGCGAGAACGUGGCCACCACCGAAGUGGCCGAGGCGCUGCUGGCCCACGAGUCCCUGCAGGAAGCCACCGUUUACGGCGUCACCGUCCCAGGCCACGAGGGUCGCGCCGGGAUGGCCGCGCUGGUUCUGCGGCCCGGCCGCUCCCUGGACGGCCCCGGCCUCUACCGGCACCUGGAGCAGCUGCUGCCGCCGUUCGCGCGGCCCCGCUUCCUCCGCCUGCAGGAGCGGCUGGAGAUGACGGAGACCUUCAAGCAGCAGAAGGUGCGGCUGGCGCGGGACGGCUGCGACCCCGCGCUGGUGGCGGAGCCGCUCUUCGUGCUGGACGAGGCCGCCCGAGCGUUCGUCCCGCUGGACCCCGAGCGCUGGCGGCGCCUCCGCGACGGGAGGAUGCGGAUCUGAGCCGGCCGGCCCCGGCGGCGGGGGUCCCGUGUCAGUUCUGGGGCUCCCGUGUCCGUCCCGGGGGUCCCGUGUCAGUCCCGGGGGUCCCCUGUCCGUUCUUGGGGUCC